GUAAUUAGGCAAUAAUCAUAUGAAAUCUACUCUGGAGUACAUGACAGAUGCUGGAAAGUUGUGGACGCCGCUGAUGCUGUAGCGUUCAGUUGCCAGUGUUUGUAAUUGUUUAUAAAUUUAAGGGUACGAACUACAACGUUUACGCAUUCGUCCAGAACCAAACAUGUCAUUUACGUAAAUAUCAAAAGCCUGUGCAGUGACAGCAACGGUCAAGCAGAAGAGUGAAAAAGGCCUUAGCAGAGGUAAGGCUUGAAGCCUUUUAAUUUGAAGAUUGUACAGCUUUCACAUCUUGAUAUACAAGAUGUAUUUGUACAACCUGACUCUACAGCGUGCAUCAGGCAUCACCCAUGCCGUGCAUGGGAAUUUUUCUGGAACACGCACACAGGAAUUAGUGGUUUCUCGUGGAAGAUCAUUGGAACUUUUGAGACCUGAUCCAAAUACUGGGAAGGUACACACCAUUUUAACAACAGACAUAUUUGGUGUUAUUCGUUCACUGAUGGCAUUCAGAUUGACUGGUGGAAAUAAAGAUUAUGUUGUGGUGGGAUCUGACUCUGGCAGAAAUCACCAUUCUAAGAAUAUAGUCAGGCUAAAAAACCAGUUUGAGCGAUCCACAUGGAGACAUUUUGGUAAAAGUGGUUGCAGACGCAUUGUUCCUGGCCAGUAUCUUGCCAUUGAUCCAAAGGGCAGGGCAGUAAUGAUUGGUGCUGUUGAAAAGCAGAAGUUAGUGUACAUUCUCAACCGUGAUGCAGCAGCAAGACUGACAAUCUCCUCUCCAUUGGAAGCACACAAGAGCAACACACUUGUAUAUCACAUGGUAGGAGUGGAUGUUGGUUUUGAAAAUCCACUCUUUGCCUGUCUGGAGAUUGAUUAUGAGGAAGCAGACACUGACCCUACAGGAGAGGCUGUACACAGGACUCAGCAAACUCUAACAUUUUAUGAACUGGAUCUGGGACUCAACCAUGUGGUUCGGAAGUACCAUGAGCCCCUUGAAGAACAUGCAAACUUCCUCAUAUCAGUGCCAGGUGGAAAUGACGGACCUUCUGGUGUUUUAGUUUGUUCAGAAAACUACUUAACCUAUAAGAAUCUGGGAGAUCAACCUGACAUCAGAUGUCCUAUUCCUAGGAGAAGAAAUGAUCUUGAUGAUCCAGAGCGAGGAAUGAUCUUCAUUUGCGCAGCCACUCACAAGACCAGGUCAAUGUUCUUCUUCCUGGCUCAGACGGAGCAAGGAGACAUCUUCAAGAUAACAUUGGAAACAGAUGAAGAUGUUGUGACAGAGAUCAAGUUGAAGUAUUUUGACACAGUGCCACCCGCAACAGCAAUGUGUGUCCUCAAGACUGGGUUUCUCUUUGUUGCCUCAGAAUUUGGAAAUCACUACUUGUACCAGAUUGCUCAUUUGGGUGAUGAUGAUGAUGAACCAGAGUUCAGUUCAGCUAUGCCACUUGAAGAAGGAGAUACAUUUUUCUAUGCACCACGACAGUUGCAAAACCUUGUGCUCGUUGAUGAACUUGACUCACUUUCUCCUAUUAUGGCAUGCCAAAUUGCUGAUUUAGCAAAUGAAGAUACACCACAGUUGUAUACUGUUUGUGGUAGGGGCCCAAGGUCAUCUCUUCGUGUACUUCGUCAUGGUCUUGAAGUGAGUGAGAUGGCUGUGUCAGAGUUGCCCGGUAACCCCACAGCUGUAUGGACUGUCAGGAAGCGAACUGAAGAUCUUUAUGAUUCGUACAUCAUUGUAUCUUUCGUAAAUGCCACACUUGUGCUGAGCAUUGGAGAGACUGUAGAGGAAGUGACAGAUUCUGGUUUCCUUGGUACGACUCCUACAUUGGCCUGUUCCCAGCUUGGAGAUGAUGCGCUUGUACAGAUUUAUCCAGAUGGCAUCCGUCACAUCAGAGCUGACCGUCGUGUGAAUGAGUGGAAAGCCCCUGGAAAGAAGACUAUUGUGCGAUGUGCUGUCAACCAGAGACAAGUAGUGAUUGCUCUCACUGGGGGAGAAAUUGUUUACUUUGAGAUGGAUCCAGUAAGUUUGUAGUCUAAACUUAAGUUU